AGCUCUCCUGACGGUCACUGAUGGGUGUCACCAUUAGGCAUCAAAGUCGAGACAAAGGGGAAGUUAAGAGCAGAGACGUAUGGAGAGCAGAGUAGCUGGUGAACUGUAGAACAGAACAGAGUAGAGAUGUAGAAGUAGAUAAUCGUAAGGAGAACCAGAGCAGUCCAGUAUAUACUGUAGCAAAGCUUCCUGGAACGUAGUGUGGUUGUGGACUGUAGGACCCUGAAACUCAGGUGAAUGGAAUAUCAUUUUGUGGAGAUAUAACCUGGUCAAGACAGAGUGAGGAGGUCGAGGCAGUGUGGUGCUGUGGACAGCAAAGGAUUAUGGGGAAGGAGGAGAACUUGUAUGCCAAUGUCAAGGGUGUGUCGCACAACCAGGGUCAACGCAGCCCAGACAACGCCCUCCUGUGGUCGAGACUCACAGACAGACACAUGGCAGUUUCAGAGAGGAGAACCUAUAAAGCUGCAGCAGUGUGUCUGGGGCUGCUGUGUGUUCUCCUGCUGGCUGGGGUCAUAGGAGUGGGACUCUUCCAUCUAACCAGAGUGACUGUGGAGAGAGACCAGCACCAAAGUAAGUAUGAUAACCUGACCAGAGAGAGAGACCAACUCCAGACAAAGGGUAAUAACCUGACCAGAGAGAGAGACCAACUCCAGACCAAGAGUGAUAACCUGACCAGAGAGAGAGAUAAGCUCCAGAUGAAGUAUGACAACCUGAUCAAAGAGAGAGACCAUCUCCAGAACGUCUAUUGCUGUCCUAAUGGCUGGAAGAAGUUGAACUGCAGCUGUUACUAUGUCUCCACUGAGAGGAAAAACUGGACUGACAGCAGACAGGACUGUAGAGACAGAGGAGCAGACCUGGUGAUCUUGAACAGCCCAGAGGAACAGGUAUUCCUGAAUAAUCUCAAGAAGAGAGUGUGGAUCGGUCUGACUGACACAGUAACAGAAGGGACCUUUAUCUGGGUGGACGGAACUCCACUGACCACACUCAAGUACUGGUGGGGCUCUCAGCCUGAUAAUUACUCUAAACAACCAGGCAGUGAUGGUGAGGACUGUGCUGAGAUAUACUACUCACCUUCUGACGUUCCUCCUCCUAAAACAUGGAAUGAUUACACAUGUGAUUCUGAUAAUUUCUGGGUCUGUGAGAAAAGGAUCUAACAGAUAUACUGUGGGUUUUCAAUGGAUAAUCAAUUUUUCUAUGCAUUGUAUUUUCCAGCUACAUUAUUGUCUUGUAAAUAACAUCUGUCAUAGCUGCAGAACUGAAAGAACUGUGAUGAUGAGCUUUCUCUUCCUAUGGCUAACAUGAACUAUAUAAUGUAAGAAUGAGUUACAUAGACUGAAACAUUGUAUUACUGUUUAGUUGUAUUUACCCCUCAGCUUGAUUUUCCUUCUUAGAACAUAUGUUAUUCCUGAAAUAAAA